CUUGAUGCCUCUUCUUUAGCUUCUGUGGCCUCUCCAUAUCUCUCUCCUCUCCCUCCAAAAACUAUGGCCACUCUGGUUCACUCAAUCCCCUCCAUUUCCUUUCUCUCUUCUCUUACUCUCCAACCUCUCAAAAUCAAAACCCAUAAAAAAUCACCCUCAACUUCACGCUCCGAACCCAUAAAAACUCUAACUUGCACCACUUCUAAACCAAACAACAAAAGCCCCACCAUGGAUGGUCGCAAACCCACAUCCAAGAAAACCAGGAAAUCAUCAUAUGGUACCUCUAGAAGGUCAGUUCUCAAGAAAACAUUCAUUCAAGAACAGGUUACUUUCACUUCUCAAUUAUCAAGCGAUCCUCAUGUAGGGAUUAUUGGAGGUGGAAUGGCUGGUCUGCUUUGUGCUUUGAGUUUGGAGAAAAGAGGGGUCAAGUCCACUGUUUUUGACACGGUUGGGGAUUCAUGGUUUGGGAGGGAGGAUGGGAACUAGAGUAAUUGAUCCACAACCAUUGAUAUUUGAUCAUGCGGCGCAGUUCUUUACUGUGAGUGAUCCUCGAUUUUCUGAGUUGGUUGAUGACUGGUUGGAGAAAGGUCUAGUUCGACAGUGGCAAGGUAUAAUUGGAGAGCUUGAAGUGGGAGGUCAAUUUCUUCCAUUUCCUUCUUCAACCCCAAGAUAUAUUAGCGUUAACGGAAUGCGCUCUCUUGCUGACUCAAUAUUAUCUCAGACUUGCAUGGUUAAUGUGGUGAGACCUUGCUGGAUAAGUAAACUUGAACCAUUUAAUGGGAUGUGGCACUUGAGCGAGAAUGGAAAACCUUGUGGGCAGUUUGAUAUCAUUGUUAUAGCACAUAAUGGAAAAUGUGCAAAUCGAUUGCUUGCAUCAUCAGGCUUGCCUCUCAUUGCAAGACAAAUGAAGACGCUAGGAUUGAGCUCCAUAUGGGCCCUGCUAGCAGCAUUUGAGGACCCCCUUCCUAUUCCAACUGGUGCAACUCCCUUUGAGGGAGCCUUUGUGAAAGGAGUUGAUUCUCUCUCAUGGAUGGGGAACAACUCUGCAAAGCUUAUGGGUUCUAAAACAAAUAGUCCUCACUGUUGGACCUUUUUUAGCACUGCAGCUUACGGAAAGAGGAACAAGGUUCCACAGGAAAAUAUCCCAACUGCAACAGCAGAAAAGGUGAAGACGGGCAUGCUUGAGGGUGUUGAAGCUGCACUUGGACUACCAAAAGACUCACUUCAACAGCCCUUUUAUUCUCGUGUCCAGCUAUGGGGUGCAGCCCUUCCAACGAACACUCCAGGAAUCCCAUGCAUAUUCGAUCCUCAUGGAAGGGCAGGUAUAUGUGGUGACUGGCUGCUGGGUUCAAAUUUGGAGUCUGCAGCCUUGAGUGGGAUGGCUCUUGCCAAUCACAUUGCAGAUUACUUACGAAGUGGUGGAGCUCGGCCGGAGGAAUUCGCCCUUGGUUUAAACAAGGAAUUCCAAACUCUUGAAGGCCAUGAUAUCGGACAGUUUUCGGGGCUGGAGUCUUCAACAGGAGCAAGCCCUAUUCAGGCAUACCAACUAAGCACUUGAAUCCAACGAUGACGAGGCCAUAGACGAAUUUUUAGUAGUCGCAGAUCAAGAUGUCAUCUACUGUUUGUUCUAAUUUGAUCAUCUGCAACUGCAAGGAUAGCCCAGACUGCAGCUGUCCAAGUAAUCACUCAGGUGGCUCAUAAAGGCUUUGCUUUAAUUCCCUCAGCAACAACACGCAGAAGUUGUACUUGGCAUGAAGGAGAGCCACUGCGGAAGACCAGACCCAUCUUUUGUAGGAGAUAUUUUUACCAUGCAUUUUCUUAAUAAAAAUAUCAUUUGCCCUCA